UUAUUUGGCCCCUAUGGCCUAUUUAUUGCCUUACCUCUCUAGUCUUACUACAUUUGCGCACACUGUAUAUAGAUUUCUCUGUUGCGUUAUUGACUCUAUGUUUGUUUACUCCAUGUGUAAGUCUGUGUCUUUGUUUUUGUCACACUGCUUUGCUUUAUCUUGGCCAGGUCGCAGUUGUAAAUGAUAACUUGUUCUCAACUGGCCUACCUUUUUAAAUAAAGGUGCAAAACAUUUUUGUCUUACCGUUGACUGAUGAACAUCAAGGAUUUUACAGGGAGAUGUGACGUCUCUUGUCUCUGAAUGAAUGAAUGAAUGAAUGGGUGUAAAACUCAUUCAUGGUGCUUUUCCAUUAAGACUCACUCGCACACCAGUGUUUGAUGUUCAUGUAAGCUCUAGUGCUAUUGUGUUUCCCUCAGGAGUGUGACGCUAAAGAUUUGUGGCGAGCAGAAUCAACAACCUCUGCAUCGUUCAAGACGGUUGCUUUGCGAGAAGGUUUUAACGUUCAGCUGGUCAUUGUUAUGUAAAUGCAGGCUGCCUUGGCUCCAAGUCAGAGCAGGUCUGCCGGAGCCAUUGCCCAGUGCGACACGGGUGCCGUUCCGCAUAGGAGGAAAGAGAACAUUUGGAGCCGUUUGUGUAAAUCACUCGGGUGGAAGAGAGAGACGGAACACGCGGGGGAAAUGCGCCAUCACAGAAGUUGUUGGACACCAGAGCAGUCCGUCCCUUCUCCUUCUCCUUCAACACCAGUGACUACCGCAUCCUGCUGAUGGACCAGGACCAGGGCCGUCUCUACCUGGGCAGCCGGGAGUACCUGGUGGCCCUGGACAUGCACAACGUCAACAAGGAGCCCCUCAUAAUCCAUUGGCCAACCUCUGAUAAGAGAAGAGGGGAGUGUCGGAUGACAGGAAAAGGAGGACAGGGUGAGUGUGCAAACUUUGUGCGUAUGAUAGAGCCAUGGAACCGCACCCACCUGUACACCUGUGGGACUGGAGCCUACCAACCCAUCUGCACCUUUAUCAACAGAGGCUGGAAGGCAGAGGACUAUGUGUUCAGGCUAGUUCCUGGAUUUACGGAAUCAGGGAAGGGAAAAUGUUCCUACGACCCUUCCCAGGAGAAUAUUGCUGCUCUUAUCGAUGGGAAUCUGUAUGCGGGGGUCCAUGUAGACUUCAUGGGGACAGACGCAGCCCUCUUUAGGACCAUGGGGGGCAGAACAACAGUCAGGACAGAGCAGUAUGACUCAAAGUGGCUCAAUGAGCCCGUGUUCAUUCAGAUCCAGCAGAUUCCUGACAGCUCCGAGAGGAAUGAUGAUAAACUCUACUUCUUCUUCCGGGAGAAGAGUCUGGAUACAGGGGGAGGGGCCAGCCCCAGUGUGUUGGCCAGAGUGGGACGAGUGUGUCUGAAUGAUGAGGGGGGUCAGAAGUCCCUGGUGAACAGAUGGACCACCUUCCUGAAAGCCCGCCUGGUGUGCUCUGUGAUCGGAGACGAUGGGGUGGAGACCUUGUUUGACGAAUUGAGGGAUGUUUUUAUCCAGCCAACGCAAGAUGAACGCAACCCUGUGGUCUAUGCCCUCUUCACAACUGCUGGCUCUGUGUUCAAGGGCUCAGCCGUCUGUGUGUACUCCAUGACUGACAUCCGCAACGUGUUCAACGGACCCUUCUCCCACAAACAUGGUCAUAACUACCAGUGGACAGUUUACACCGGCAAGAUUCCUUACCCUCGCCCUGGCACAUGUCCAGGAGGAACAUUCACACCGGGCAUUCGCACCUCUAAGGACUUCUCAGACGAGGCAGUGAACUUCAUGCGAGCCCAUCCCCUCAUGUACCACCCUGUGUACCCUAUCCACCGUCGCCCCCUGGUGGUGAGGACCGGGGUGGACUACCGCUUCACAGCCCUGGUGGUGGACCAGGUGGACGCCGUGGACGGCCGAUACGAGGUGCUCUUCCUGGGCACAGAUCGUGGCACUGUCCAAAAGGUCAUAGUUUUACCCAAGGACCCGAGCACCAUGGAGGAGCUCACCCUGGAGGAAGUGGAGGUUUUCAGGACACGUGCUGCUGUUAAAACAAUGAAGAUCUCAUCUAAAAGGCAACAGCUGUACGUGUCAUCGGAGGCAGGGCUUACUCAGGUAUCUCUGCAUCGUUGUGGGGUAUAUGGGAGGGCCUGUUCCGACUGCUGUCUGGCACGGGACCCUUACUGCGCCUGGGACGGGGAGAGCUGCUCCGCUUUCACCCCCGCCACCAAGAGGAGGAGUAGAAGACAGGAUGUGAAACAUGGGGAUCCACUGCGACAGUGCAGAGGCUUCAAUGCCAAAGUGGAGAAUCGUCCUAGAGAGACAGUCCAGUUUGGUGUGGAGGGGAGCAGUACCUUCCUGGAGUGUCAGCCUCGCUCUCCUCAGGCUACAGUCAAGUGGCUCUAUCAGAGAGAAGGAAGGAGGAAAGCGCUCAACCGGGACAGAGAGUAUCUGAAGACAGCCCACGGGAUCCUUCUGAAGUCCCUCAGCCAAUCGGAUGCCGGGCUCUACCACUGCCUGGCCACAGAGAACAACUUCAAACACACUGUGGCCCGGGUGUCGCUGCGCAUUCUGGACCGAGACAUCGUGCUGGCCCUCACCUCCCCUGACAACGACCCCAUGACCUCCAACAGCCCUCCCACUGGACGGGGGAGACAACAUGACCCCAAGCAGCAGAGGGUCCCUCCAACCCCCCCUUUCACAGACACCCUGUCCCAGCCGGAGGUCAGGCUGAUCCACCAGUACUGUCAGUCCUACUGGGAGCAGCUGAGGCACAAGCAGCAACAGCCCAAACGCACUUCCAGGAGACACACAGAGAGCCAGGAGCAAGAGCCGGAGGAGCAACAGCCAAAACGCAUCAGCAGAAGACACACAGAGAGCCAGGAGACCCAAGGAGGAUAGAGGACUGGACUUCCAACACCAGCCAGCUAGGACACUCCUGUGGUAGACUACAGAUCCAUGUUUGACACCAAACAUGAGUUUCAUCUCUCUUUGUACAUUGAAUGACAUGUGAUACCGACCCUCACACAACCCAGUAUCUCAGUAUAGAAAUGUAAUAUAUUGAUACGUGUAUAUAUUUUAGGAUCAUAAUAGAUCCAUGGUUUAUUAAUGUUUAAUGGUUAUGACAUAAACAUUUGAUAAACAUUUGCCUUUGCACGCUUUAUUCGGUUGGAAAUGUGUACAUUUUGCUGUUCAGCGUUGAGCGAUAAUGUUUUGGUGUGAUGUACAUGUAUUUGUCUACUAAUAACAUAUGUGAUAUUGUAAUUGUGGUGACUCUCUUGUUCUCUCUCACACCUUUGUGACCUAUGUUUGUUUGAGGACUCAUAGCUAUACGGUAUUAUUUGAAUUGUGUGCGUGGACGGUGGUGGAUUGAAAGGGACGUGAGGGAUCUUUCAACAAAACAGAUCAUCUCCACAUGUAGAAGAAAAAGACGGUAAAUCCCAUGUGUGCAUAAUCUCUGUAUUACAUUAUAAUACUACAUUCCAGCCAUAUCAAAUUGUCACUUUUAAUGGGAACAGGUAUAACGAAGACUGUGAAGAAGACCUCACCAUAUGUUCUAAUGAUAUUGAGCAACAUACUGUAAUGUGUAGUACAGAAACAUACUGUAAUGUGUAGUACAGCAACAUACUGUAAUGUGUAGUACAGCAACAUACUGUAAUGUGUAGUACAGCAACAUACUGUAAUGUGUAGUACAGCAACAUACUGUAAUGUGUAGUACAGCAACAUACUGUAAUGUGUAGUACAGCAACAUACUGUAAUGUGUAGUACAGCAACAUACUGUAAUGUGUUGUACAGAAACAUACUGUAAUGUGUAGUACAGAAACAUACUGUAAUGUGUUGUACAGAAACAUACUGUAAUGUGUUGUACAGAAACAUACUGUAAUGUGUUGUACAGAAACAUACUGUAAUGUGUAGUACAGAAACAUACUGUAAUGUGUUGCACAGAAACAUACUGUAAUGUGUUGUACAGAAACAUACUGUAAUGUGUUGUACAGAAACAUACUAUAAUGUGUAGUACAGAAACAUACUCUAAUGUGUUGCACAGAAACAUACUGUAAUGUGUUGCACAGAAACAUACUGUAAUGUGUUGUACAGAAACAUACUGUAAUGUGUUGUACAGAAACAUACUGUAAUGUGUUGUACAGAAACAUACUGUAAUGUGUUGCACAGAAACAUACUGUAAUGUGUUGUACAGAAACAUACUGUAAUGUGUUGUACAGAAACAUACUGUAAUACUCAGCAUGAGUCCUACACUGGAAACGUUUGAACGGCAAAUAUAAAGAUAUGUGAUCCCAUCAA